CAGUCCCUGGCUGCUGUGCCAGCUUCGCCCCGCGGCGGGCACCAGGCUACCUUGGCCCUUCUGCGCUGCCGUCUUUUCCGGCAGUUGGGGUGCUUCCUGUUGUCCUCUCCCGCAACUGCCCUCGGCCCCUGCAGAGCCCCUUAGCGGCUCCUCCCUUCUGGUCCUCUGGCUGCUGCCGCUCGGGCUUCGCCCGUCUGUACGUCGAGACCGCUGGCGGGGCCGGCGUCUGCGGCUGUCCGCCGCCCCCAGCCUUCCCCGAGGCUCUGCCAUGGCAAUGACGGGCUCAACACCUUGCUCCUCCAUGAGUAAUCACACAAAGGAAAGGGUGACAAUGACCAAAGUGACACUGGAGAAUUUUUAUAGCAACCUUAUUGCUCAACAUGAAGAACGAGAAAUGAGACAAAAGAAGUUAGAAAAAGUGAUGGAAGAAGAAGGCCUAAAAGAUGAAGAGAAGCAACUCAGGAGAUCAGCACAUGCUCGAAAGGAAACAGAGUUUCUUCGUUUGAAGAGAACAAGACUUGGACUGGAAGAUUUUGAGUCCUUAAAAGUAAUAGGCAGAGGAGCAUUUGGUGAGGUGCGGCUUGUUCAAAAGAAAGACACAGGGCAUGUGUAUGCAAUGAAAAUACUACGUAAAGCAGAUAUGCUUGAAAAAGAGCAGGUUGGCCACAUUCGUGCGGAGCGUGACAUUCUAGUGGAGGCAGACAGUUUGUGGGUUGUGAAAAUGUUCUAUAGUUUUCAGGAUAAGCUAAACCUCUACCUAAUCAUGGAGUUCCUGCCUGGAGGUAAUUACUUGAUGAUGAAAGGUCCUUUUUCCUUUUUUGUUCUGUGGCUUCUCUCUCACAUCAUUUCUCUUGUCUCCUGGACUCUGCCCUUUGCACUUGAUGGAGCUGGCCUACAGAGCCAUAGACCAUCUGGCUUGAGCUCUCUGAUCAUCUGGGGCCAUGUGAAACUUUCUGACUUUGGCCUUUGCACAGGACUAAAAAAAGCACAUAGGACAGAAUUUUAUAGGAAUCUGAACCACAGCCUCCCCAGUGAUUUCACUUUCCAGAACAUGAAUUCCAAAAGGAAAGCAGAAACCUGGAAAAGAAAUAGACGUCAGCUAGCCUUCUCCACAGUAGGCACUCCUGACUACAUUGCUCCUGAAGUGUUCAUGCAGACCGGGUACAACAAGCUCUGUGAUUGGUGGUCGCUUGGGGUGAUCAUGUAUGAGAUGCUCAUCGGCUACCCACCUUUCUGUUCUGAGACCCCUCAAGAGACAUAUAAGAAGGUGAUGAACUGGAAAGAAACUCUGACUUUUCCUCCAGAAGUUCCUAUUUCUGAGAAAGCCAAGGAUCUAAUUUUGAGAUUCUGCUGUGAAUGGGAACAUAGAAUUGGAGCCCCUGGAGUUGAGGAAAUCAAAAGUAAUUCUUUCUUUGAAGGCGUUGACUGGGAACAUAUCAGAGAGAGACCUGCUGCAAUAUCAAUUGAAAUCAAAAGCAUUGAUGAUACCUCGAACUUCGAUGAAUUUCCAGAAUCUGAUAUUCUUAAGCCAACAGUGGUAACAAGCAACCACCCUGAGGCUGACUACAAGAACAAAGACUGGGUCUUCAUCAAUUACACCUACAAGCGCUUCGAGGGCCUGACGGCACGGGGGGCAAUACCUUCCUACAUGAAAGUGGCAAAAUAGUGUCUCAAAAGCUGGCCUACUGGAGCAGAGUUUUUUGUACAACACCAUGGUUUUCCUCUUGCACUCUUUUGGAAGAGCUUCCAAGAAGUUUAUGAAACCCACUGAUACAUCAUGGUAAACUCCUGAAAUGUAAUAGUGUGGAUUCUCUUCAUUAUGCAUCUGAAGAUCUGUAGAACAAAGACAGCCAUUUCUGAUGCAUUGCCAUGAACAGCUGUCCUGCUUCUUUAGAAGUAUCAUGAGCCAAUUUGAUAGAUGUUUUAAAAAAACUGGAGUUUUCCUAAUACGUUCAUCAGAACGAAGGGGGAAAAAAGUUGGAUUGUAACAUAAACUUACUGAAUAUCUGCCAAUUCCUGUGAUUUUGUGACAUGCUUUCUGCCAAACCCACCAAGUAUUUCUUUUUUCUUUACAGCUGAAAGUUCCAUGUACUAAGGAAAUAAGCAAUAACGAAGCCUCAUCAGCCAGCAUUCUGGCUAAAGGAAAUGAUCUGCCAUCCCUUGAGGGGGUGGUGGUCCUAGUUUCUCCCCAUACCUCGGCCUCCGCAAGUGGCUUUUAAUACUCUCCAUUCAUGGUGCACUUUAUUUAUGGUACUAGAAUAAAGACCCUCAAUCCAUUGAUUUAUCUCUUCCCACCCAUCUAAAAUACUCAUGCUGCUUUUCUGAGUGUUAAUGGGUUGUAGUCGGCUCAUGUUGCUCUUAGAAGGCCCAGAAAGCCAGUGGGCAUUGCCAGGGUGUCCUGAUCACAUGGAAAACUCUUUCUCUUCAGGGCCGUAUCAGAAAAUCCCUAAGAGUUGUCAUGGACCAGCGAUACCCAAAAUCGCUGCCAACAGGAAUGCAGUUUUUUCCUGGGAACGUGGCAAGGAGAGUCCAGGCAGACAGGAGGUGUAGAACCCUCUUGGUUAAGGUGCUGCUCCUGCUCAGCCUCCAGAGCCUCCUUCGAAGCGGUGAAGGAACCAGCCCAACAGAAAGUGCAGAGCCACCUACACGUCCUUGCAAAGUUCACUCCUCGAUCCUUGGUGCAACUGUGUUUUGUCUUGUCUCUGAUAUUUUCCUCUCCAAACCUUAACGAUUUUGCCUUGGAAUCCCGAUUACGGGUUUGUUCUUUGCAGAUGCCUUCCUGGGGAUGCCCCUGUCCACCCUGAAGAGGGGCAUACAGCUUGGGCUGACCAGGCCUCUCUGCUUUGGCAUUCCCUCAUGAGGGAUGCUCUGAAUUUUAGCACAAAGUGCCUUCUCUUGAACAGCUGCCAUCACCUUUAGAGGAAUUUUGCUUCAUCAGAAAAAUGGAGUCUCCAUAUUAAUGCAUCAUUUCUUUUAAAAGUUUUGGUAACUCUUAGAAGCAUCAUUUGCACCUAUGUGGUAAUUUUGCCUGUUGUAGAGUGUCACAGCCAAGCCUCAGCUGGGAGACUGCUUUCUGCCAAUCUUGAGGUUAAUGAUAAGCUUUGAAAGGAAAGUAUGUCCUAGCUUAGCCAUUCAGAAAAGAAAAAUGGAAUAUCAAAGUUACUGCUUUGGGUUUUAAUAUCUUAGAGGAAGAAAAAAGAAUAUUAGGGGAGUAUAUUAACUUUGGAUGAAGUAAAUGUGUUGCCCUUAAUCUUUCAUUCAUGGUCUGUUAGUGAAAAGGAAGUAAAUGAGAUUCUUUUGUGUAACUUUGUAGUUUCUUUGCAUUACCAAAUAGCUGGGGUCUUGACCCCCCACAUGUUGCAAGAGUGUGUGGUAAGCAUGAACAAAGAGAAGUAGCAGGACUGGGAUAAUCUGUGUGCUGGGGAGUGGCAGGGGAUGAUUUGUUUUAGGGGAAAUGCCCACAUUUUAACUUUCAAAAUUCUGAAUAAACUAUGUAAAAACAG